CAGCUGUGGCUCUCGCGAUAUUUGCGCACUGUAACCGGACCAAAACAGGAAGUGGCAACAUGGAAACAGUGUUCGGCGGAGUAGAGGGUGGAGGGACCCACUCCAAAGUGGUGCUGGUGGCAGCAGAUGGAAAGAUACUGGCAGAGACAAAUGGACCGUCCACCAACCACUGGUUGGUUGGGGUGGACAAAUGCAUUGAAACUAUCAACGAAAUGGUCCAGAGAGCCAAGGUGGAGGCAGGGUUGAAUCCAAACACACCGCUAUUCUCAUUGGGCAUGUCUCUGAGCGGAGGGGAACAGAAGGACGCCAUCGACAAACUCAUCGCUGACAUGGAGCAACGGUUCCCCACUCUCAGCCAGCACUACUUCAUCACCACCGAUGCAAUCGGUGCCAUGGCAACCGCCAGCAAUCGUGGAGGUGUAGUGUUGAUAUCAGGGACCGGCUCUAACUGCAAGUUAGUCAAUCCUGAUGGCUCACAGAUCGGCUGUGGAGGCUGGGGUCACAUGAUGGGGGAUGAAGGAUCAGCAUACUGGAUCUCUCAUCUGGCGGUGAAGACGGUGUUUGAUGCCAAAGACAACCUGGUCUCUCCUCCCGGUGAUAUUACACAUGUCAGGAAAGCCAUGGAGGAUUACUUCCAGGUGUCAGAUCUGAUGGGUAUGCUGCCACACCUCUACAGAAACUUUCAGAAGUCUCACUUUGCAGGUUUUUGCAAAAAGUUGGCUGAAGGUGCAGAAGCAGGAGACGCUCUCUGUCAGUAUGUGUUCACUCAGGCUGGGAGAGUCCUGGCAAAACAUGUAGAAGCAGUCUUACCUGCAGCACAAGAGCCUUUAUUGAGUUGUGACCUUGGCCUGCCCAUCCUGUGUGUGGGCUCAGUGUGGAAGAGCUGGGAGCUUCUAAAGCCAGGGUUCACUGAGGUUUUGGAUGAAGUGGCAUCAUCUGACAAGUUUAAGGCCCGUUUCCAUGGCUACAGUCUCUUGAUUUUGCGGCAGUCCUCAGCCCUUGGUGGUGCUAGUCUGGGGGCUCAGAGUAUGGGCUCACCCUUAACUAUGGAUUACAAAGCUAAUGCCAAAGUCUUCUACCAACACACUUUUACCAGCAUCCCAUGAGAGUGAAACUGCACAGCCUCUAGAUCCAAACAGUGUUCAGCUAAAGGGAAAUUAUAUUGUUGAUUAUAUAAGAAUUAGCAUCCUUGCUAAUGACACUUACUAUAAUGAUAAUGAUUGUGUGAUAAUGGUUUAGCACUUAUUUUGCUCUUACUACAAGAUACCAGGAAUGUGAUUUAAAAAUAUUCAGAAUCUUGAUAUUACUUUUUAUUUUACUGUAAUUUUAAAUCUUUGCACAUUUUCUACACUUGUUUACAUUUGACAUUUAUAAUAAAAACAACUCAUUCAUGUCUUAAAUAAUCUCUGAUCCUUAAAAUAAUUAAAGUUUAUUAAAGCUGUGGUCAGAAAAAGACAGUUACUGUUGUGCCUUAAGCCAUUUAAUUCCUAAAUAUGAGUUGCUCAGUUUAUUGUUUGUACUUAUUAUAGACAGAGAAAUGUAACAAAAAGCAACACUUGAUUCAUCACCAGGCUUUCUUCACAUGUCUGAGUUUCUUCAGUGUGUAAUGUAAUAACUAAUAAAAAGCACUCCUUCUCAUA